AUGUUUAUUUAUUUCUUUAGAGGACCACUUAGACCGUCAAAUAAAAGGAAGGUAGAAAAUAAUGAAUUGGAACGUCACAUCGAAUUUCUUAAGAAAUUGCCAGUUUCAAGCGACCUUGGAAAGAAUGGAAAGUGGAUGUCGUAUGCAACACAACCUGACAACAUUGUGCAUAAUUAUCGUCCUUACGAUAAUCACAAUCUCCCGUUAGCAAUCCUUCAUCCUGUUUUCCCCAAAUUUAUGAUAGAUGUAGAAAAUAUUACAAUUCUACCAAAAGAGGAAGAAAGCGUCUAUAGGAUGACAAAGACCAUGUGUGGAAAAUUUAAAAUUGAGGACAAUAGGACUGAAUAUUUUAGUAAUUGGUCAGAGGAGUUCUUCCGUAGAAAGGCAAAGUUAUCCCGUCGCUUCGAAGAAGAUCCAGAUAUUUCAUUCGUUAAAGUUAUAGAAAAUAAUAUAUAUCUUGCGAUUAUAGAAUUCAAAAACGAAAUUGGAGCGGGUGGAGAUCCAUAUAUUCAAGCAUGCGGAUACUAUUCAAAGUAUAUUUUAAAAAAAAUUGAAAAGGGAAAAAAACAUCCUAACACUUGUCUUCCUACCUUUCUAUUAUACAUAAUGGGACCGAUGAUAGGGAUUGCUGGUGCAGUCUAUUCACGCGAAAUCGUAAUUUCUCCUUUAGUUAGUACUUCUCUGAUAAUACCAAAGGAACUACAGUCAAACUUACUGACAAAAAUCACCAGAAUAUUUUGUGCAUUAAAAGCAGGAUUGGAUAGUAUUGACAAAUUUCAUGUAAAUUUGUCACCAGAGAUGCUGGAUAAUUCAUUAUAUUGUGAACAGGUGAUAUUUCCUUAUAUUCAACAGUAUGUUUCUCGGGACAAAAAUCUAAUAAAAUUUGUAUAUGUGGAACAAUUAUUAUUAUUGCAAAAUCAACUUGUAUUUCGCAUAAAGAGAUUGCCAGAAGGAACUAAUUGUAUCAUAAAAUUUGUGAAAACAUACGGGGAUGAUGUGCAUGAACUUUGCUAUACAAACGGGUUCGCACCAGAAUUAUUUGCCAUAAACACAAUUAAUUUAUCAGAAUAUAAAUUAGUGGUUAUGGAAGACCUUGAAGAACAGGGGUACAAAUGCGUAAGAGAAAUAUGGCGUUUGCUCUCCUUAGAUGACAGAGAGACUUUAAAAUCAAAGAUUAACCGUGCAAUCAAGAAUAUCCAUUCUGCUAAAUAUGUACAUGGUGAUAUGAGAAUUGAUAAUAUAAUGGCAAAAAUGUAUAAAACAGAAUGGUCAAUUAAAAUAGUUAACUUUGAUUGGGCAGGAACUUUAAAUGAAGCAAAGUACCCGUUAUCAAUUCUCGAUGAAAAAUACACAGAAUACCAUGAAGAUGCGCAUUAUGGUAGUCACAUUAAACAUGAACAUGACUUACACCUCAUUGAAAAGUCAUAUAUUCGUUAA